ACCCUGCCGUCGGUACCCGAGGCAGGCGCGCGUGCGGGGGAGGCGGGCGCGCGCCAGCCGGCAGCCCAGGGAGGCUGCUGCAGCUGUUGGGACUGGCUUCUCGCUCUGCCCCCGGCGCACACCCCUCCGCAGGCGGGACGCGCCAAGCAGCUGCCGCCGCCUUCCCGUGACUCAGCCCCGCCUUCCUCGCUCUCUCUCCUCUGCGCUCAGAGCAACUUUGCUAGGGGACUCGGCUCCUAAAUGCUCCUUGGCGGGUUUCCAGCCGCACUUUGGCACCUGGGCAACUCUCAGGGACCGACUUAGGAAACGGGGGAGGGAGAGAGGGCCAGACCCCCCCCCUCCGCCUCUUGUCCCGGAGAGAGCAUCUUCUUCUCCUGCUUGCAAACCUGAAGCGCCCUAGCUCCCAUCCCUCCUCCCGGCCCCCGGCACAAGCGAGCCAGCAGGAGGAUUUGGCGUGCAUCCCUGGCCCAAGUGCACGGGCUGGCCCCCGCCUCCAGUGAGAAGCUAUUCUUACUUGAGGCUUUGCAAAAGUUAGGAAGUGCUGUGCUGGAACUCUUGGAAAUGGAUAGUCCUGGGCCUUAUGUCCAAAAGCUUAUCCUGAUGGAUGGCAAAUUGAAAGAGGCUGGAUGCAAAGAAGAAAGUGUUUUAAAGAUAACAUCUUUCUGGGAUCCAUGGGCCCUUUGAGAGAUGAUCAGAGGGAGGCCGGAUGAUCUACUGAACGCACACAAGAACCUUUCCCUUCCACAAAGUCAGCAUCGGAGCACUCCCCACCCUCCAGCUCCAUCCAGGUUACCCACUCAUUACCGGGCCUUCCGCAGCUGUGAGUGGGAGGUAGUGGAGCGAUCGCUCAAUAUCCUGCAGGCCAGUGGCUUCUACUGGGGUCCCUUAUCUGUGAGUGAAGCACACGCCAAGCUACAGCAGGAGCCGGUAGGGACCUAUCUGGUGCGAGACAGCUCUCAGGGGAACUGCCUCUUCAGUGUGAGUGUUCGGAUGCCAGAGGGCCCAGUCAGCCUCCGGAUCUCCUUCCGGGAGGGCUACUUCUGGCUGAAGGACUGGUUCUCGGACUGUGUAGUUAAGCUGCUGGAGAUGGUGGUGGCAGGAACCCAGGCCAACCCCCUCUACUGUGAUGAAAUGGGGGAAACCCCCUUGGUGUUCUCCGAACCCCUUUGCAGGAACCGCAGGGUUGUGCCCAAGUUGUAGGAACUUUGCUGUCAAAGCCUGGGAACUUACAAUGAGAAAAGGGAGAAAGGUCAGAGAUUGGAAGAGGUACAUGGGAGGGGCAGUUACUUUUCAGUGUGGAAAGGAACAAGGCAUAAUAUCACCUGGAAUCCACUGCCUAUGCAGAGAGAUAGUCAGCUGCAUACAUGUGGCAGGCAAAACUGAGCACGUGUGACACACUAACUGAAUGUGCCACUGCUGUUGGAUUGUACUGGGAUACGCGUGUGGGGGGUAGCUUAAACCUGCUGACUAUGGGAGCCAUGUCCUCCUGAGGUAAAGAUGUGUAGCUUUUCCCUGUGGUAGAGUAGAACUGCCACAAUCCAGCACUUUUUAUUCCAGUUGUGAUGCAUAAGCUUCAGAAACACGGGCAUUGCCUGUCCUCCCAGCACACCCCUCUUCUCCCUGUAUUCCAAAGUGCCUAAGCUAUUUCUUGCUGAAAAAUCUCUCCUCAUGGAAACGUCCAGUUGAAUUUCAAAGACUUUGACAAGCUCCGAUUCAAUGUCAUCAGGAAUUGUACACUGAUCUCUGAUACCAAAGCAACUUGUGUGUGUGUGUGUGUGUGUGUUGAGAGAGAGCGAGAGAAAGAUUUCACAACCAGCAGCCUUCACUUCCCUGCACCAUGGAAAUACAUAAUAUGCUACUUCAGAAAUACAAGAAAUGACUGUCUAACAUUUGCACUGGAGGAAACGGUUGUAGGCAUGUGUAAUAAUACAGUUCCACUAGCUUCUGCAUCACUUGUAUUGGAAGCUGGACUGCAUAGCUUCAUUUUUUAUGGGCAGCUGGGCUAUACUGUAGUGGGAUGAUAAUAUAUUUCAGACAACUAAGUCUUGGUUUGGAGAGUCCAUUCUGCUAUUGAUUGUAUCAGCAGAUGUGUCUAAAGCACCAUAACGUGCGGUCAUCUGGCAGUAUGCUGCUGCCCCCUGCAGAUCAUUAUUAAAGGAAUACUCUAAAAAGUUAGGCUUUUGUCUAAAAGGGUUGGAGGAAUGCUUUAUAAAACUUACUACUAAUAAAAAUGUUUUCAAAAUGUCUUUGAAAGGAGCUUUCAAAAAUGUAAUAAUUCUCCUGCAGUGCUGGAAAACCAAACAAACUAGCAUUGGGCCGGUACAUGAAAAUCAAAGGUUCACUGGCCAUGGUGAGUGAAGUGAAAAACAAAACAAGGAUUAGUUAGGAACAGUAAAUUUCAUUUCUGUUUUUUUUUUAGUGUGCUAAUCUAAAAUAUAGGUACCACAGAGAGGACACUGUCUCAAUACAUAACGUCUCGAUUUCAAAUAUUGUAUUUGUAUUGCACUGAAUAGUAUGCUAGGUGCCUCAAAAAACAGCUAGUUAUACAAGGCCCUGACGCAAAGAAUACACAUUAUAAAUGUCACAGCUGGUGAGGGUGAGAAUGGACAUGGGGAUUAGACAGAAUUAUGAAAAUAAGGUCCGACGAAGAUUGGGUUAAUCUGAGUGACAUCAGCAUUUAAGUGGUGUCCCUAAAAAUGUACCUAUGAAAACAGAUGCUUCUGUGCACAGAUGGCAUUGUGAGUGUGUAACUUCAACAUGUGGAUUUCUGUGUAACUUCAGAGCAAAUGUUUGAAAAUUUGGUCCAUAACUUGUAUUGGAACAGUUUCCUUUUAAAAGAGAAACCAACUUAAAUUGCCUCAAUAGCAGGUACAAAGUUAAGUAACCAAGUCUGUGCCGACCAGUAGACUGUAUGUUCUUGGUACCUUUUGAGGUACAUCUCUUCUCUUUUUAAUGUCUCAGCAGCAGAGAGGCAAGGUGUUCCUCUGAUUAAUAGCUUGCAUUUUUUUUCGGCACUAGCUCUAAAUGGCAAGAGUCCUAGGCUGCUGCCCACUUCAAAGUGAAAAGAGGAAAUAGGCCCUGCCCCAGGCCCUACAAGGAUUUUUUAAAAAGAAACUUAUUCAAUGAAAUUGGCAUGACAAGCUCCUCAACAGCAUAAUCAAAGUACUCUGUCAUACCACAGGUGGGACUGAUGGCAAAGUAGAUGGAGAGGCAGGUGGGUCAACAGGAGGCAGUCAAUGACAGCAGUAUUUUGUGCCAUUUUGAACUUCUUCAUCAGUGUUCCCAGUUUGUAGGUGAAGCCUCAGACACUCUAUUUCUGUGCAUUGCUGCAGAACCACUGCCUCUGAGCUCCUUCCUCAACCAUGAAUGCUAUCUGCCUGCCCUGUGCUGUGUAUUCCCUUACUCACCCCAUCUCUGGAAGACAGGUAGGACAUAGUCCUCUCUACCUACAUGGCAUUUCACUCCCCUCCUUUGCCCCACUGCAAAUGCAACACCUGAAGUAUGCUGGCUGCCUUCCUCUAGUUACUCCAUGCACUAGGAAAAGGAACUGACUUAUUUCUUCAAAGUUCACAGCUGUGCUCAGGAAUGGGUCUGUUUUACAAUGGUUGUGGGAACACACUGAGGGAAGAGCCAUCUCAUGUCAUUGCUUUGACCCAGCUGUGAACUGUUCUUAUCCGAUUGUUUGGCCUAAAAAUGAGCACCUUGGGUUGUGUAGCUAACAGCUCUUGAAUCAUUCCAUUGUUAAUGGCCACAAUUGCUCUAUUUGAAAAUUAUAUUAAGGAUAAAUAAAAUACUCUAGCUCCUAAUAGAGGGAUCUUUUAGUUAGUUUUAAUGUUCGUGCUUUAUACCUAAACCACACAGCACAUGCUUAACACUCUAUUAUAAAUAGCUUAAUUGGUGCGCACCCUAUAGGAAAUUGGUUUGAGCUCUAUGAAUGACAACUAAUAUAUAAAUGCUAAGUAUUUUUUAUUAUUAAUAUCUAAAACAAGGAUGAUACGCAUGUCUGUCCUAAUUAAUACAAAGGUCUCUCAGAACACAGGGUGGGACAAAGAAACCAAUUUUGGGAGAACUAUGGUGUGGAAAAGUAUUGUGGCAAUUUGGGUGUAACGGGUUUUGGAGAUGGUGCUUUCCCUCCCCAGGAUUAUGGAAAAACUUUUUAAAACUUCUGGAAAAACAUGGACUAAGUAAGUAAAACCAUAAUUGUUUGCUUGUGGGAGUGUUUAAAUCUCUCUCUCUCCCUCUCUCUCUCUCUCUGUAAAGUGUGUUCUGUUAAGAAGGAUUUUGCUGCUGACACUCAGUGGGAGAUAUUUCUGUAAGAUGCCUUGAAUGUAGAUUUGUCUAUCCCCACUCCAAGAAGGAGAAAACAUCCCCUAACAUGUACCCUAGUGCCUCUUUGGAUGUCUGCAAGUCUGUAAUUUCUUUAUAGUAGUCUAGUUAUCUACUACCCUCAAAACCCUGUUCAGGGAGUAGGAAUGCAAGGUUGGUUCAGGUCUCUGACUGGCACACCUCAGUUUGCUGAGGAAAUUAUACAAGUGCACAUAUGGAUUUUUAAUGUGUUCUUGCUAAUGGUAAAAGUUCAAAAUUGAUUGAACUCAUAAGAGGUUCUGUAUAUCAAGCCUUAAAGUGCUCAAGUUUUAAUCCCAAACAAAGCAUAAGAAACUGGAAGUUCCUAACGGAUGGGAUUAUUUACCUGGAUCUCACCAGCUUUCUUAAUAAUGCUCUUGAGUCUUAACCGGUCAUGUUGUAAUUUUCCCAGAGUCCUUGGCUGAAAUUUGUUAGUUUGUGCACAUGUGCAGCAGGGGACCCCCAGCUGAUGGCUUUUAUGUUAUCACUACCUCUGAGAAAAGGGUCUGUGUUCAUUAUGAACCCAACUCACCAGAUCAAACUCCACCUAGAAACAUUGAGUGUACACAAACCCCCACAUCUCAUAUAUUGCAUAGCAUUAGGGCAUGAUGAAUGUUUGGAUUCCUGAAUGGCCCCCCUACGUUAUCAGAAUUCCAAAUAUAAUUUUCCCUAUACAUGCAAUAAUGUCUCAGAUUUGACCUCUCACGAUGUUACCAAAACUGUAUGUUUGCAUUAGUAUUGCCUUGUAAUUUGCUAGAAUUGAUAAUUUAUAAGGAUAAACUUGGGUACUAGACUGUACUGACUUCUUCAGUUUAGUUUAGAUUACACCAAAUAUACCAAUUCCUUGGGUGUAUAACUCCAUUAGUGUUGUAUACUUGUAUACGUAGACUGAUGGAAUCUUCUGUUUGUGUCAUGUAAUUGCCUUACAGGAAGAGGGGACAGAUUAGGGAGGAUGUGGAAAGGAGAGAAUAGGUGUCAUAAAGAAAGACAAAAAAGGGAGCUGAGACAGACAUUCUGACUCACGAUUCCUUUCUGGAGAGUUGUCUGAGCUUUCAGGCCACUACAUCUAGUAGCACUAUUUUCAGAAAAAUCUAAUUUUGAUUCAAGCUAAAUAGUUGAGUUCCAAAUGUGACUUCCCUUGAAUUUGUUCAGAUGGGAAGGAACUGGAUGCGACUCCCAGCCCUUUACCUCUGUCACUGAUUUGAGUCCAGGUCCAGGUCUGUAGUGACCAAAGGUUGUUACCAUCUGCUUUUCUGAACUGAGAUGUGGGGGUUUCAGUCUAGAUCCUAGUAGACAAGCAUGGACAUAGGCUGGGGAAAAAUCAUAUUGCCUGGGACAGACAGAGUCAAGCUUCCUAUCUGUUAGACAAGGACAACAAGGGAGGCUGGUGGCAGACUGAGUAACUUCAGGAGCAGCAGCUUUGAUCUGUGCCAGUCAGAGUGGAGAAGAAUGGGCCUAAUUAAUGUCAGCCACAGUAAAGCUAGACAGCUUUACAAAAGUGUGGAGGAAAAAGGAGAAUACCUUGUCAAUGGUUUGCUCUCAAAAUGCACUAAUGCAUCAGAUCCAGAAUAAAUGACAGCACAUGCAUGUUUUAACAAAGCUUUUAGCCACCUGCCUUUCAGGAUAUUGUUCUUGGUGGCAAUACUUUAGAUUUUGGCUUGAUCCAGAUCUCAUUGAAAUCAAUGGAAGGACUAUCACUGAUUUCAAUGAUCUUUGGAUCAGGCCCACUUCGCAAUAAGACAGUGCUGGUAGAAAGUGGGUUUUCCAUCAUACAUUUAAUCAAAACAAGCCCAUACUCCCACUUUUAUAAAUAACAAAUUGUGCUUGUGGAAUUGAUGGAGUUAUACAUGAAUAGCUCUCAUGUAGAUGUUUUCCAAUCCCCUCAGGCUAUUCUCUUCUGGCUUUAAGGGUGGGAGAGGACCAGGAGCAAAACAUGAACAUGGUAACAUUUUCAGAAAUGCCCAAGUGACUUAGGCUCCAAAGUCCAUUAGGAUAUGUCUUUCCCAAGG